AUGAAAGAUAACGUUAACAACAAUAAUGAAAGUAAUAUAAACCCAACUCCCACAGUGGAAGAGACAUACCACACAGAAAUAAAUCAAAUUUUUAAAGAUGAUUCUAAUGCCGAUAUCGACAAUUAUAAUAAUAAUAAUAAUAAUAGUAAUGUUUUAAAUAAUAAUAAAGAAUUUCCACAAAACUUUAUGGAAAAUUUUUAUAACUCCGAUCCAAUUUCAGAAUAUUCACAUGUUUGCAUUGUAAAUUUUUCAUUUACUUCAAAUGAUAUUGACUCAUUUCAAUUCUCACUAAUCAGUCUUUCAUCAAAUAAAAUUGUACUUAAUCAAACUUUAUUAUUGCCAAAUCUUAAAUCAAGUGAUAACCCAAGUUUAAAUAUUUAUAAAAGAAUAACAAAUGCAAAUAAAAAGUUUUUAGAAUUAGUAAAUCCAUAUAUUGCAUCGAAAAAAGUAUUAUUAGUAUCACCACAAUCUAUUAAUCUUUUACUUUUGGAUAUACCCGAAGACUUUACAAUUGUAGAUUUUCAAAUACACUCACUUAAAGCCAAUAUCCCCUCAUCCUCAUGGAACUCUUUUAGAAAUUAUUAUAAUGAAAAAAGAUUGAAAUUAGAUUAUAACUUUUCAUUGGUAUCAUUAUUUACAGAUUUAUUUAGACAUUAUAUAAACAAGAGAAAGAGUAAAUUUUUAGCAGUUAAAAGGAAAAGAUUGGAUAAUAUAAUUAGUAAAAAUAUUGGAUCUUAUCCAUUCUUUAAAGGUUUUAUAUUUACAUCUUUUCAAGUUCCAAAACCAAUCAUCAAAAUCGUUUCAAUUUAUGUAGAGAAAAAACUUUCAAUGGAAAAUACUUCAAAAGAAAUUGAAAAAAGGAAAAAAAGAAUAGAAUUUUUAAAAAGUUUGAAGGGAAUUUUAGAUCAAAAAAACUUUGAAAAUGUAGAUUUAGCUAAAUUAGAUUUAAAACAACUUAUAAAAGAUAAUAUAAAUAACCCCAAUUAUAAUAUAAAUGAUAUUUUUAAUAACCUAAAUGUUAAUAAUAAAAGUAAUAAUAAUAAUGUUGAUACCAUUAGCAGUGGUAUUGAUAAUAAUAAUAAUAACAUCGAAUAUAAUACAAGCAAUAGUAAUAAUAUCGAUAGUAAUAGUGUAAAUAAUAAAACCAAUAAUCAAAUUUUAUCCAAUAACAUAGAUAGCAAAAAUAAUAACCAUAAUACAGAUAAUUUUGAUAUCGACAAAAAUAACAAUAGUAAUAUUGAUGAUAUGGAUAGAAUAAAAAAAGAUAAACAAAUAGAAUUAGUUCAAUUUUUAAAAUCAUUUAUUAGGGAAGAGAAAAAGCAUCUGUAUAAUGAUGAAUCAACAGAAGAUAUAUCCCCACAUUUAGAUGAAGAGGGUGAAGGAAAUAGCUACCAAGAAGAAAAUCAAUCACUUGAAGAAUUAUUUGAAAAACAGCAGCAGCUUUUGAUUGAAUUUGAACAACAAAUUCACCAACAAUCAAAAAAUAAUAAUAAUUAUAAUUUUUAUGAUCACUUUUUAAUCCAGCAAGAUAUCAACGAAAAACUAACAAAAAAAUUAAAAAGCUUAAAACAACAAGAAAAACAAAACAAAUUAGAAAUUGAUAGAUUAGAAAUAAAGGUAAAAUCUUUACAAAACUCAAUCUUUAAUUUUAAAAAUAACGAUACAACCAAUAAUAAUAAUAAUAAUAAAAUCACAACUAAUCACCCCAAAACCAACCCAAAUUUAAAGCUUAGAAGAAUGCAUGGCCCGAUCCAACCCAACAAAAAAAUAGCUUUAUUUUCAAAAUUAUCAAAACAUGCCAAAACAAUAAAAAAAUAA